CUGGAAGACGGACGCGUGUUCCACGGAUACUCAUUCGGUUACGACGGGGGGUCGAGUCCGAACGUGGCCACGAACGCAACGACGAGCCCGAAUGGAAACUUGGAAACGAGCGGUGAAGUCGUCUUCUCGACUAGUAUGUUAGGCUACGCAGAGUCAGUGACUGACGCAAACUAUGCCGGCCAGAUCCUAGUGUUGACGUACCCAGAAAUUGGAAACAUUGGCGUACCCUCACACAUGCUCGACGAAUACGGACUUCUGAAAUUCUUCGAGAGCAAUCACACGUACCUACGGGGUCUGGUUGUGUGUAACUAUACCUUUAAGCCGAGUCACUGGUUGGCAGUGGAGACCUUUUCGACCUUCCUGAAGACAAAAAAGGUGCUCGCAAUGGCCUGCGUAGACACGAGAGCGCUGACGAAGCACCUGACGACGUACGGCACGACGCUGGGAAAGAUCAUUCUGCACAAGACACCCCUGUACCAGAGGCCAAACGGAGUGGACGGGCACAACAGCCCAAGCCUAAGAGACCUGAUGUCGCCGGGAACAUUCUUCGACCCGUCCACAAAGAAGCUGGACGAGCUGCUGCCCACGCUGCCCACGCACUACUACUCCUUCUUCCCGCACGCAUCGACGGCGAACACGUUCAGCAGAGUGGUCGUCAGGUACAAGUUCGACCUCAACGACCUGACGAAGGUGGCCGGAGACCUGAAAAAGGUUGACUUUCACAAGCUAUACCUGAACAACGUGGACUUCACGAAUCACACGACGGCCCUCGUGGGCCUGUCGGACAGCCUUAACGGGCUUAGGCUGCUGGUCGUAGUCAACUUCGGCCUCAAAAACAGCAUCCUGAGGAGCCUGCUCAACAACUGUCCGAACAACGUGAGGGUGCUGGUCGUCCCCUACAACUGUGACUUCAGCGUGUUCGACUACGACGGGCUCUUCCUGGGCAACGGGCCGGGCAACCCGAACAACUACACAGAAGUCGUGAAGGUGGUCAGGAAGGUUUUGGCGAAGGGGAAGCCGAUAUUUGGUGUAUGUCUCGGAAAUCUGCUACUGGGCUUAGCCGGCGGCUACAAGUGCGUCAAGAUGCACAAGGGUAACUAUGGAGCCAACCAGCCCUGCAUUGAUUUGAGGACAUACAAAUGCUACGCGACCUCGCAGUCGCACAGGUACAUGUUGGUCAAAGAUCCCAACCAAGGUGCCAGCAGAUGGUGUACAUUAUUUGAAAACGCAAACGACAACAGUCUAGAAGGAUUGGUUAACUUAGAUUUCCCCUACUUUAGUGUUCAAUUUCAUCCACUAUCAAAUCCACUGCACUUCAGACACCCAGAUGGUAACUGGAGGACCUAUGACCUUGACACAUCUUUCCUGUAUAGAGACUUCUUUACGUGCCUAAUGAAAAAGACCUUGAUUCCGAUACACAUCAGAGUAAUGUCAAGCCACAUUAGGUGCAAGAGAAUCCUAUUGUUGAGUUCAGGAGGGCUUUCGAUUGGUCAGGCAGGAGAAUUUGAUUACUCAGGUUAUCAAGCAAUUAAGGCGCUGAAAGAAAGUGACGCAAAGAUUAUACUAGUGAACCCGAACAUUGCAACUGUCCAGACCUCAAAGGGAAUGGCGCACGUCACAUACUUCUUGCCUAUCACGUUCGAGUACGUAAAGCAGAUCAUAGAGAAGGAGAAGCCGGACGGAAUCAUGUGCGCAUUCGGAGGACAGACGGGGUUAAACGUAGGAAUAGAACUGUAUGAAAAGAAGGUGUUGGAGGACAACAACUGUGAAAUUUUGGGAACGAGCAUUAAAACUAUAAUUGACACUGAGGAUCGUUUCCUUUUCAACAAGAAGAUGGCUGAAAUCGGGGAGCGGUGUGCACCCAGUAAGGAGUGCAAAAGUGUCGAGGAAUGUGUGGAAACGGCAAAGAAGCUGGGAUACCCAGUUCUGGUCCGCGGAAACUUUGAGCUUGGAGGCUUCGGAUCAGGAUUCGCAGACAACGAGACUGAGCUCCUGAGCAUUGUGAAUCGUAUGUUCGGCAGCAACAGGGGAAAGACGUCAACAAAGGUGUGUUUGCUAGUAGUAACCGACGUCUGCGUACACGUGGACAAGUCGCUCAAGGGCUGGAAGGAAAUUGAGUUCGAGGUGCUGCGCGACGGCAACGACAACUGCGUGUGCGCAGCGAGCAUGGAAAACUUUGACCCGCUGGGAGUGCACACAGGAGACUCGAUCGUCGUGGCACCAGCACAGACGUUGAACGCAGGAGAGUGCUCGCACCUGAGACAAGUGGCGUUCAACGUGGUGAGACACCUGGACCUGGUGGGAGAGUGCAACAUCCAGUUCGCAGUUAACCCGCACAAGUUCGAGUACUUCAUCGUGGAGCUGAACGCGCGGCUGAGCAGAAGCAGCGCACUGGCAAGCAAGGCAACAGGUUACCCGCUGGCCUACAUGGCGGCGAAGAUAGCGCUCGGAUACGACCUGGUGCAGAUGAGGAACUCGAUCACGCUCAUUACGACGGCAUGCUUCGAGCCGAGUCUGGACUACCUGGUGGUCAAAAUGCCCAGGUGGGACCUGCGCAAGUUCGAAAACGCAGACAACAGAAUAGGAAGCAGCAUGAAGUCAGUGGGCGAAGUCAUGGCGAUCGGACGCACCUUCGAGGAGGUGAUCCAGAAGUCGCUGAGAAUGGUCUCGGAGUCGAAGCUGGGAUUCGACGCAGGACGCUGCUCAAAGCUGGGACUCGUGGAAAUAAAGAACCUGCUCGAAAACCCGACGCCGGACAGAAUGCACGCAAUCUACAGAGCAUUUGAACUAGGUCUGACGGUCGAGGAGGUGAACACGCUCACCUGGAUCGACAACUGGUUCCUGCACCGCCUGUACAACAUCUACGACUGGAGCAACAAGCUGAGGGGCAGGAGGCUCUCGGAGAUGACCUACGACGAAAUGCACCACUACAAGGUGCUCGGCUUCUCGGAUAAGCAGAUAGCGAAGCCGGACUUGACCAACUCGACGGAGCCCGUGAACAGGGUCGACGCCGCAGUCGACGACGAGGAGAGCUGCGAAACCGAGGACAACGUCCGCAGGCACAGGCUCAACCUCGGCGUCUCCGCGAAGGUGAAGAUCAUCGACACGCUCGCGGCGGAGUACCCCGUGGUCACCAACUACUGCUACCUGACCUACAACUCAGUGGAGAACGACAUUUUGCCGCUGAACUACAAGUUGCAGUCAGGGCCAACGAGCCCGGGCAGCAACAGGACGUCGGUGUCCACGAAGUUCGACGACGGCACUCCGCACUCAAAGAGCCCGCUGUCAGUGAAGAUGUUAAAAUAUUGUACAGGCAGCAUCGUGGUGCUCGGAUGCGGAGCCUACAGAAUUGGAAGCAGCAUUGAGUUCGACUGGAGCGCGGUGGGCUGCAUCAAGACUCUGAGGAAGCUGGGACACUCGGCCAUCAUCGUCAACUGCAACCCGGAGACCGUCUCCACGGACUUCGAUGUCUCAGACAGACUCUACUUCGAGGAGCUGUCAGUUGAGAUGGUGAAUGAGAUAUACAGAUUCGAGUCCCCAAACGGCAUCAUUCUUUCAGUGGGAGGGCAGACGGCAAACAACUUGGCGCUAAAACUCGACGAGCUUGGACUUAACAUACUGGGAACGCCCGUUAGCUCAAUUGACAAGUGCGAGUGCAGGAACAAAUUCAGCAACAUCUGCGACCUUUUGGGCAUUGACCAGCCAAGCUGGGAGGAGUUCACCUGCGUCAACGCGGCCAAACGCUUCUGCGACAAGGUUGGGUUCCCAGUCCUUGCGCGUCCCUCAUACGUCCUGUCCGGAGCAUCGAUGAAGGUCAUACUCUCCCACAAGGAGCUCGAAACGUAUCUUGGAACCAGUGCGGUGGUAAACAGGAAACACCCAGUGGUGAUAAGCAAGUUCAUUCAAAACGCAAAGGAAAUUGAAAUGGACUGCGUUGCGAAGGACGGGGACAUCAUCAACUACGCAAUCAGCGAACACGUGGAGAAUGCAGGGGUUCACUCAGGAGACGCAACGCUGAUCCUGCCGGCGCAGAACAUCUUCGUCGACACGCACAGGAGGAUCAAAAACAUAACACAGAAGCUGGCGAAGCACCUGAAGAUCAGCGGACCCUUCAACGUCCAGUUCAUGUGUAAGAAGAAUAGGAUCAAGGUGAUCGAGUGCAACCUCAGAGCAAGCAGGACCUUCCCCUUCAUUUCAAGCACCUUCAACGUGGACUUCAUCGAGCUCUCGACCAAGGUCAUGGUCGGAGUUCCAGUGAGACGCGAGAACAUUCAGCUGAUGGACCUGGACUACGUCGCAGUUAAGAUGCCGCUCUUCUCGUUCGACCGCCUGUACCCCUCGGAUCCCCUGCUUGGCGUAGAGAUGAAAUCAACAGGAGAGAUUGCAGCUUUCGGGGAAACGAAGUACGAGGCUUUCCUUAAGGCCAUGACAGCCUGCGGCAUGAAGAUCCCGGAAAACGGAGUGCUGCUGUCCCUGGGAAGCAGAGUGAACAAGUUCAUAUUCUCGAGGAAGAUAAAGGGACUGCUUUCGCUGGGACUGGACGUGUACGCAACCGAGGGCACCUACGACUACAUUAAGCAAAUGUGGGAGUCGGAGCACCAGUUCUUCGUGUCAAACACGAACGACGAGUUCUACAAGGGCCUGCAGGGGCUCACCGAGUUCAACGACGACGAGUUCGACUUCGAGGUCAAGAAGCUGGGCCAGUUCCGCAAGGUGCACAAGCCGCCAACUCCCAGGCCCAAUUGCGCGGGCGCCUCCGCGGAGAACGAGGAGGUAUUCAGGCUCAUCAGCGAGAAGAAGGUGGACAUGUUCAUCAACGUCAGCGACUCGGUCAACAGCAUGUUCACCACCAGCGGCUACGUCAUGAGGCGCGCCUUCGUGGACUCGAAGUUGGGGCUCAUCACGAGCUCGAAGCUGGCGAUUUUGCUCAUCGACGCGCUCAUGUACAGGCGGAGCAGGCUCGACAAGGGCAAGGAGUUCAUCUCGGUCAAGUCGCACCAGGACUACCUUUCCUAA